AUGAUCGUCAAAUACGGUAAGUGCAUUUUUUCAACUUUCCAUCAGUUUUCAUUCGGGGUUGUUUGAUUCAACGAGAUUCGUCGACCAACUGGGUACAAUAAUAAUUAAUUCGCAUAGGUAGAGUUACCUACACAAUAUGGUAACGGAGGUGACACCGUUAUCGUUUUGUUGAGCAUGUGUUAAAAUUCAAAAUAAUUAUGUUAUGAUCUCAGAUUUUUCACAAAUUUAUAAUUGGUAUGAAAACCUAGUGUAGAAAUUGUGGACAAUUUUAACUUAAUAAGUUCCAUUUUUAAUACCUAUCUACUUAAUAAAUUAUUUAUUAUUCAAAUUUUAUUCAUUUUUUACUAUUGUAACUACUGCUCCAGUACUUACUGAUUGAUUUAAAUUUUUUUUAUUAUUAUUAAAUAUGAAUAAUUUACUAAAUUUACCGAUUUACAUAAUUUAUUGACAAUAUUUUAUACAUUUAACUAGAGAUACAUUUAUUAUUUACCUGGCAUGGCCGCAUGGGAAUAAGCGUAGGUACCUAGAUAGGUAAAUAGUAUAAUAUAAUCAUAUCCCUACUUAAAUUUAUUUCUGUGAGAGGGGAUUAUAACACUAUAAUACUCUACCUAUCUUAAGAGGUGACAAAUGGGAUUGAAAAAUCAGGUCAAUAAAAUGAUUAUUAAAAAUAAUAAUUGAACACAAUGAAAUGGUUUGGGCAUAUCGUGAGAAGAAAGGAAUCAGAAGCAAUAUGAUUUUUAAUGGAAAUAAACAUAAGUGGAAAGGAAGACGGAAAAAGAGGUGGUUGGAUGCAAUUGAGAAUGAUUUGAGGAUUAUUGGUGUAUGCAAGGAGGAGGGAUAUUGGGUCAAAUGGAAGUUUAGUAUGAGGGUGGCCAACUCUAAAUAGUUGGGAUGAAAGCAAACAAUAAUAAGAAAAUUCCUAUUUAAAUUGAAUACAAGUAAUAAAAUAAUAAAGUAAAAACUAAAUUAUUUAAACAAAUAGAUAUUGAAAUUAAUUGUUUGUAUAUUAACUAAUAUUUUGUUUAAUUAAGUACAUUAAGUAUUUAAGAAAAUUUAAUUUUGUGUGCGUACUUAAGUAGGUUACUAUUUUAAACACAAAAUCUUUUGUUGAGUGAAUACAAAUCUAUUUAUAAAAAUAAGUUUACCUAGAGAAUUGUGGGCACUUCUUCAAAGUUAUAAUUUUUUUAGUUGUACCAUUCCAUAUAUUGUGUAGUUAAAUUACUAAAGAUGGAUUUCAGUUUAUAUUUAGCAAUGUGUACAUUACUAACUGGUGGCAAUAUGUUUGGAAAAAAAUAUACUUAAAGGUUAUUUAUCUGUGCUUAUAUAGUCAAUUUGAAAUUAUCAUUUGUUUGAGGAGUAUGUCACAGCAUCUGCCAUCUCUGUCUUACAAUUCAGUAAAAAUGUGUUUUCGCUUCAGAGUUCCAACAGUAUUCUAGUUCCUCAUCUGGCUCUAAUAGAUUAAAAAAAAAAUCAGCUCACUAAUUGAAAGGUGGCGACAUUUAAUAUGUAUUCACAAAGAGAGUUUUUGUAUUUUCAUUGUCACAUUAAAAUAAGAACAAAUUCAAGUUAGUAUAAUGGAUAGGUUACUUGUGAAUCAGCUGAUAGAUAUCCAAAAAUCACAUUUUGAUAACAUUGUAAAUGUUGUCUUUAAUUUUUUGAAAUCAUUUUAGUUUUAAGUAUAGUAUAGAGUACCAUUGAAACUUCAAAAACACAUUUUUGUUAUAAUGCCAUAGACAGAGAAAGAAAAUAUACGGUGCAAUUCUUUUAAAUAUCAUUACUAACAUUUGGGUUGAAAAAUUGGUGUUGAUCUUAUGUCAAAUUUGAAAUAAUAGGUCCUAGGCCAUUGCCAGACACCAAUUAAACACUAAGUUUUGAAUACAGGUAACCCUGUAUAAAAUGGAAAAGAUACCAAUGUUAAAAUAGUGUCAUUGUUAGUGUUUAACUAGCAUUAUAUGAUUCAAGAUUAGUCACUAUAUUAUUAUAAUGGUUUAAUUAGUGUCAACUGCCAUUGCAGUAAUUAUUUAUAUAUGAACAAAAAUAAAACAUAUUUCCCAUUUCCUCCCUCUUCUGUCUAACUGUUUAUUAACUGUUGCAUAGUAAUUUAUUAUUUCAAAAGGGUAGGUAUGUUCAUCCAUUUUUGUAUGUACAUUUUUAGACCAGUACAGACAAAUAGACAUUUGUUUUAUUAAUAUUCAUACAAUGGUUUAAUAGUUUGUAACCUAACCUAAUAUGUAACCUUAUAAUAUGACUCUUUUAAUAAUAAUUAGGUACUAUAUAAUAUUCAGUUAUUCUGUAUCUUUAAGGUAGGUACUAUAUGAAUCUAUUAUAUUAUAAGUUUACAAACACAUUAAUUUAUUAUAAACAAAAAUUAAGCAAGAAACAAAAUUUUUUUUCUUCAACAAAUUAUAUUUGAUAUAAAUAAAUUGAUUAUAAAUUAUUGUUUUUAAAAUGUUUCUCUUCAUCUGUUUUUUUUUUUGGGGGUAUUUAGCUCAAUUUAAUAUAAUUUUGUUAAAAUGAAAACCUGAAUGUUCAGCAUGAAAUCCUGAUGUAACUUCUGAAAUUUGUAUGGAUAUUAAAAUAAAUCAUAAUGGUUGUUUAGAUUGUAUUUUCUUAGAUUCAUGAUAAUGAAUAAUAUUUGUAUUAUCUUUAGUUAACUCAAUACGAGUAUGUUCCUUCAAUUAUUGUAUGCACAGAUGUUUUGAUAAAAACAAAUCUAGAGCCAGUUCCUUUGAAUGCAAAUAUAUUUUUAAUUUAUAUAUCUAUCUAAUGUAUACAAUUACCUACAUCAAUUUUUAAAUAAUUGUAUCUAAUUCUCCUGGAUUUUUGGUAAUAAUAGUGUACAAGUACACUGUCUGUAAAUAUUAAUAAUAUAUACAUAAUAUGUUAUCUAUAUAUUUAUUAAAUUUAAAAUAAAUUGACAAUUUUAUUUACUAAUUGUGUACCUAUACAUUUUUAUAUAUAAUAUUAUAUUGGUAUCCACAAUAUACCCUAUGGUCAAGACAUGAUCUUAGAAUACUUUUAGGUAGAGAUGUCAUACAUGAUUUACUAAACUUGUUUUUUAGCAGUACACAAUCUACCCAAACAUAAUAUUAAAUUAUGUUAUUAUUUAUUAUAUAUUAAUUUUGUUUCUUUUCUUUUAUUAUUUCUAAAUAGGCCUCCUAGUGAAGCUCCAUUUACUUUUUUGUUAUAUUUAUACAAAUGUAAGUGAUAGUCUUAAAUGUAUCGUACGUGUUUAUCGAUCAGAUUUUUUUCAAUUUCUAGAUUACUGGUAGAUGGGAACCAUAACACUGUCUACGUUUAUAGAAGUUACUUAUAAGGUAUUAGACUAUAGGUCCCAAAUAAAACUGACGAAAUAAAAUGUACAAUAUUAUUUGAAUUAAAUAUUGUUUAACAUGUUUUUACUUUUAAUAAAUGUAAUUUUUUAAACGGGAUAUAUAUAUAUGUAUACACAUAGAUGCAUACAUAUAAUCUCAAAAUGAGAUUAAUACCUUUAUAAAUAAGCACAUUAUUUAACACAAAAAAAAGGCUCUAUGAGGGAGAUCUCCAUUGUGCCUCCCAACAUAACUAUAUAACUGUAAUUACAGUAUUUUAAGUUUUUUUAUUUUUUAUUUAAUGUAAUAAUAUUGAUUUGUGUAUUUAUUCUGGUAUUUUAUUGUAGAUGAAGUAGGUAUCUAAAUUUUACCUACAUAUAUUAUUUUAUAAUUAUUGUUAAAUAAUUAUUAUCAAUUUUCAGGUUCAAAAAUGUUAAUCUUCCUUGCAGUUGUGUUGAUCAUCAAUAUUCAAUCAAUUUGGGCAUGGGAUUCAGAUCAAAUGGAAGUUUUUGAUCUAGUUGAAGAAAUGAAUAAUAUAAAUUUCUACCAGUUUUUGGAAGUUCCUGAAGUGAGAAUUAUAACUCAUUCAUUUAUAGACUAAUACAAUACAUGUUUUAAAAUAAUAUAAAUAAACUUAAGUAUGAUUUGAUGAGGGUUGAAUGUUCACAUCAACAUCAUUUUAUUUAAAAACUUUAAAAUAUGCAAUUUCAAAUUUAAAUAUAGUUAUUAUAUUAAAAAUAUAUAAUAUUAUUAUUUUUUUUUUUAUGUGACCAAGUACAAAAAAUUAAUUUUAAUAGAACAAAUUAUUACAAAAAUAUAUUUAUAUUAAUAUAGGUAUUAGAUAAAACAACCAUAUUUUCAAGGGAACCUCGGUUUUUCCUGAUUUUCCUAUUUAUUAUGAAAACAGUCGGGGAAUUCAAAACAUGACUUCUUUAAAGUAUCACCCUAGUCAGAUUUCUUUUCACAAAAAGUGCUACACUUAAAAACCAAAAACAAAAUUGUUGGUAGAAAAGUUAUUCACAGAUAAAAAAAAAAUUUUCAUUUUCAAAAAACAUUUCUCAUUAUGCUCAGAAUCUAAAAUAAAAUAUUUAUUAAUUUUGUUUAUUUUACAUACUGAUUUAUAUUAUUAAAUGAAAUACAAUUUCUUUCAGGAUGCUAAUUCAUCAUCAAUCAGGCAAGCUUUUAGAAGAAUGUCACUCUUAUUACAUCCCGAUAAAAAUGAUGCACCUGAUGCAGAAGCAAGGUUUAGAGAGCUAGCAGCUAUACAUGAUGUUCUGCGUGAUCCUGUGAAACGUGGACAUUAUGACAAAGUUUUAAGUGAAGGAUUACCAAAUUGGCAUCAUGCGGUUUAUUACUACAGACGUGUUAGAAGAAUGGGUUUCUUAGAAAUGAUUGGUAUUUUAUUUUCUAUAAUCAGCGUUGGACAAUAUCUUGUUGCUUGGGGUUCAUAUAUAGAAAAUAAAUUUACUGUUGUAAGUAUUUAUAAUUUAAUAUAAAUUUAUAUUAAUUUAUGGACAGUUAAAAUAACCAGUGGUUUGGAUAAAUAUAAAUUUAAUAUUAUUAAACUGCAUUUUUUGGUGCUAUUUUGUUAUCUCGGCUACUGUAUUUGCUUAAUUCUGUUAUCUUAACUAUCGAAAUAUUUCCAAGGCUACCUAUUAUAAUCAAUCCUGUUUCGACUACUGAAAAAUUUAUGUUAAAUAAAUUAAGAUUCUUCAGUGUUUAUUGACAACUAUGGUUACAGGAUAAUAGGUGCCUAAACAACAACUGAUGAAAUGAAUACCUAUUAUCAUGAUGUACAGAAGAUAAUAUUUUUUCUACAUUGUGCCUAUUACUUACUUUAUAAUAAAUUGUGCAUUUAUGAUUUUUUCUAAAUCAAAUUGUAUUUAUAGGAGAGUUUACAUUUAUAUUCAUAUUAAAUUUUAGUUAACCAACUAUAUACUAGGUAGUCGAGAUAACAGGAUUGAUUAGAAUAGAUAGUCUUGGAAAUAUAUCAGCAGUUGAGAUAACAGGAUAAUACUGAUGUUGGUGACAAUAUUUUGUUCCAGAUAAUGUGUAAUAUAUUAUGAGUCUACUGACCCUUUUUUACUUUUAUUAUUUAUACCACAUUUUUAUAUGUACAUGCACUGAAUACUAAUUUACUGUUUAUUUAAUAAAUAUAUAAAUAUAUAAAUAAUAUAUAUAAUCGAGCCAAUGAUAGACUCCAGCAUCCCCUCGCCUUAAAAAAGCUCAUUAAGUGAGAUCAAACAUUAAGACAAUGCUCAUUUGUUUUUUUUGAUAUGAGAGGAUUCCUCCAUUUAGAGUUUGUUCCGCCUGGUCAGACAGUUAACCAGGCAUAUUAAAAAGAUUAUGCAACAAUUUUAAGUGAAAAAGGCAUGAUUUGUGGCAGUUAGGGGACAAGUUUUUUCAUCACCACAAUGCUCUUACUCAUGCAGUACUUUCUGUUGGCGGUUUUUGACUAAUAAUGGCAUGACCACUGUGUCCCAUCUACUCUAUUCAUCCGACCUGGUUUCCUGCAACUUCUUUUUAUUCUCCAGAAUGAAAAGGGACAUGAAAGGAAUGUCCACCUUUCACCUUUCAUGAUGUUAAAAACGAUGUGAAAAACAAAAGAUGAGUUUGAAUAUUGCUUCGAAAAUUGAAACAAAAGAUUAAACAAGUGAGAGUAAAGUACUCUCAAACAGCGAGUACUUUAAAGGAGAUUAAAUGUUUUUUGUAGAAAAAAUUAAAUAAAUAGCAUUAUACAAAAAUAGUUAGGUUUCUUUUAAGUACACCCUUGUAUAGUCUCACUUCAAGAACACUGUUUCACAAUGCACUUAGGUGUAGGAUAAUGUUAAAAUAAAUUUAUGUUAAAAAUCAAUUGGAAUAUAGGCAAUAGAAUUUAAAUUAAAAAUUUGCAAUACUUUAAAACAAGGAUUUUUUAGACAUUGUAUAUUAAUAUAACUUAAUCAAGUUUAUUCUCUAUCAAUUAAUUUAUUUUACAGGAAGAGUUACUAAGUUCAAAAGUGAAAAAGCUUAGAAAACAAAAAAAAUAUAGAGGUGAUUCUGCAUUACCUCCAGAAUUUGAUGUUAAUUUACCAAAACCUAGGUAGGCAUACUUAUUGUUUAUUUUUACAAAUCUUUUUUUUUUACAUUUAAUUUUUAACAUUUUAAUAUGAUUUUUUAGUUUGAAAAACACACUUCCUUGUCAAGUACCAUAUUGGUUAUGGCUAUUUAUACUUAAAUCACCAUCAUUAACAACUUCAGCUAUAUCUUUUUUGGUCACCAAAUUCAAAGAAAGAAAAAAUUAUCAAAAGUAAGUAUUCAAUUAAACUAAGUGUGAAAUUAUAAAUUAAACUCUUAAAAUUCUAAUAAAUAUUUUUUGAUGUACAGUUAAAAAAAAAAUAAAAUAAAUUUAGAUUAAAGUUUUCUCUAUUUAAAAGAUUGGUCUGCAUAGUAACAAAUAUAGCUUUGUUGCUAUGCAAUAAUAAAUAACUAUGUUAAAAAAAUUAUCAAAUCUGUUAACUUUCAAAAACAAUUACCUUUUAAUUCCAUUUAGAUUUAAAUUUUAUUCAAUUCUGAUUUUAAUCAAAAAUUAUAUGUCAGUCAUUCCUAAACUAUUAAUGAUAUCACUUUGCUAAUUUUUGUCUUACAUAGAAUAGAUAAAAUAAGACAUUUUAAUAUAGUUGUUUUUACUAGGUAUACUUUUAUAUUAUGUUGACCAUUUAUAACUAACAUAUAAAACAAAAUUUGGACUUUAAUCUAAAUUAACUAUCAAAUGAUUUUUAAUAUCUCUAUAUCAGCAAUUUGGUUCUUAUCAUAAAUGUAAAGUUACUUCUAAAAAUGGUAUUUUAUAAUAGAGCUACAUUAAAAAAUUAUUUGUGUUUUUGUACAUUUAUUCAUUUACUUUUGUUUUUUUAAGUAGUUUUGUAGUAGUGUGAUACUAGGACCCCCACUAAAUCACUUUUUUCUACUAAAAAUAGGCUUUUCUCAGCAAAGGCGCUAAAAUUUACUUUAAAAAAAAUUAUUAUUAGUUUUUUUUAUAAUCCAUGUUUAUGUAUAAAUAUAUUUUGUAUAUAAUUUAAUGUUGCUGUCUUUGCAUAUAUUGUUAUUAUUAUUAUUAUUUGCAAUAGAAGAAAUAUUGCCCGAAUAUACUUUGAUAAAUAUGUUAACAAUUGAUAGUAAUGGUUCUAAUUUUUUUUAAAAAAAAGCACAAAAAAAACAUCAAGAAUUUUUAAGUUUUACUAAGUUAAUUUGUAUGGAUAUUGGUACUUGUUGUAUACAUAAUUGGUUUAUAAUGCAUUAAUAAAAUUCAUUUGAAUUCUGUGUUUCUAUUUUUCAUUAUUUUGAGAGAUUAAUAAAUAGAGUAGACAAUUAUAUAAAUAUUCAAACUAAAUAAAAGGUUUUUGUCAAAAAGUUUUAAAAUAUGUCCCAUUUAAAUGGUGAACUAUAAAGAGUUCAUGAGUUGGAAUAUAUGAAUAAUCUGCUGUUUUCAAAUAAUGUUUUUUUUAAAAUUCAUUCCAAUGAACUUCUAGGUAAGCUAAAAAAAUUCAGUUGUGUUUUACUAUCCAAAAAAUACAACUGCUAUUUGUUAUUAGUAACACUGAUAUUUUGGUAUUUUAAUAAAAAUUUCCAAAAAUCUUAACUUUAAAUUCAACUUUCGAAUGACAAAUUAAAAUUGUUUGUUCUUACAUUCCUAGAACAUGUGAAAUUGGCACUUAGCAUAAACUAGAUAGUACGACUUAUAAUGGAUACCAUUUUCGAAACAAAUAAUCUUUUAUCAUUAAAUGAUAUUAUUUCAAGUUACUUAAUUAAUAGUUUCUUAAACAAAUUUAAGAAAACAGCAAAAUUGGAAUUGUUCCAAUGGUUUUAUUUUAUAGAAAACCAUAAAAAAUAAUUACUGGAAGUGUUAUUUUAUGUUCAAUUAUUUGAUAUUAAAAUAUAUGAGAUUUAAAAAAUCAGUUGAACAAAAAAAGAGUGAUGUAAUUUAGAUAUUGUAAAAAAUUAGUGGCCGCUCUGUGUUUGUUGUGACUUAUUGUUAUUGAUUAAUUGGAGAAUAAAGAUGAUUCUGUUUAAUAAUAUUUAUUACAUUUUUUUAAUAUUUCUAAUAAUAUUCAUAAUAAAAUAUGUAUUUAUUUUGAUCUAAAAUAAUAAUUGUGUGAACUGAAAUAAUUUAAUUUAUACAUAAAAAAAAAAAAAAUAACAAUUUGUAUUAAUAAUUUUGGGUUGCUUUUUAAAAUAUUUUCAAUUUUAAAUUCUAGUGGUAACCCUUGAAAUAAUAAUCUUAAGUAUUUAACAUCAAUUAAAUAAAUAAUUUGCUACUAAACAAAUAUUAACAUAUAUUUUUUUCUUUCAGUAAAUUGAAUUUUGAAAAACCCGAACCAGUUAUUCGUGAAAGAAUACGACGCCGUAAAGUUCCUUAUAAGAUACCAGAAAUUAAUGAUUAUAUGAAUAGUAAUGGUGAUGCAAAUGGAAAACUUAAUACAGAAAAAAGUGAUACUCCUAUGGUUGUAGGUAGUUUAUGGACAGACGAAGAUUUAAAUGAACUAUCACAAAUGGUAAAUAAAUUUCCUGCUGGUACUUCAGACAGAUGGCAAAAAAUAGCUAAAGCUAUGCAUCGUCCAGUCCCAGAAGUUACUUAUAUGGCUAACAAAAUAAAACAAAGCGGAUACAAGUUACCAACUCCAGAUGAUUCAAUGGAUACAACCAUUACAGAUGAACCCAAAAAGAUUAAAACAAGGGCUCCAGAAAACAUUGAAACAGGUGAUAGUUCCUGGACUCAAAUACAGCAGAAAGCAUUAGAAAAUUCUUUGAUCAAAUAUCCAAAAGGUACAACUGAAAACCGCUGGGAAAAGAUUGCAAAAUGUGUGCCAAAAAAAACUAAA